AUGGAGACGAAGCUCCGGUGGAGCCGGCCCGGCUCCCUUCUCCUCGUCGCCGCGGCGUUCCUGGCGUCCGCCGCCAUGUCGAGCGCCAACAUCGGCGACUUCGACGAGCACUGGCAGAAGCGCAAGGAGCUGGCCGAGGCGUCGGUGAGGGAGACAGCUAGCAGCCCGCGGCGUGCGAUGCGGGAGAUGCCUCGGAAGCACAAGAGGUCAACGGGCCCGUGCCGGGCGACGAACCCGAUCGACAAGUGCUGGCGCUGCCGCAACGACUGGGCGACGGACCGGUUCCGUCUGGCCCGGUGCGCCAGGGGGUUCGGGCACGCGACCACCGGCGGCCUCGGCGGCCCGAUCUACAUCGUGACGGACCCCAGCGACGGCGACGUGGUGAACCCGCGGCCCGGCACGCUCCGGUGGGGCGUGAUCCAGCCCGGCCCGCUGUGGAUCAUCUUCGCCCGGUCCAUGAUCAUCCAGCUGUCGCAGGAGCUGCUGGUGAGCAGCGACAAGACCAUCGACGGGCGCGGCGCGCAGGUGCACAUCGCCAACGGCGCCGGGAUCACGGUGCAGCUGUCCCGGAACGUGAUCAUCCACAACCUGCACGUGCACGACGUGGUGCACUCCAUGGGCGGGCUGAUGAGGGACUCCCCGACGCACGUCGGGUCCCGCACCAAGGCCGACGGCGACGGCAUCUCGCUGUUCCAGGCCACCAACGUGUGGAUCGACCACAUCUCCAUGUCCAACUGCGAGGACGGGCUCAUCGACGUGGUGCAGAGCUCCACGGGGAUCACCAUCUCCAACUGCCACUUCACCAACCACAACGACGUGAUGCUGUUCGGCGCCAGCGACUCGUACCCGCAGGACCAGAUGAUGCAGAUCACUGUCGCCUUCAACCACUUCGGCAGGGGGCUCGUGCAGCGGAUGCCCAGGUGCCGGUGGGGAUUCUUCCACGUCGUCAACAACGACUACACGCACUGGCUCAUGUACGCCAUCGGCGGCGGCAAGGCGCCCACCAUCAUCAGCCAGGGCAACCGAUACAUUGCACCACCCAACAUCGCCGCCAAAGUGAUCACCAAGCACUACGCGGAAGAGGGCGAGUGGAAGAACUGGGUGUGGCACACGGAGGACGACCUGUUCAUGAACGGCGCCAUCUUCGAGCCGUCCGGCGGCGCGGUCCCCAGGAAGAUCAACGGGAACGAGUGGGUCAAGCCCAAGCCAGGCACCUACGUCACAAGGCUCACCCGCUUCUCCGGCACAUUGUCCUGCUGCACGGGCAAGCCGUGCUGA